AUGGUUUGCUGCAUUGACUACCUACCUAGUAGGUAUGUUGGUCGACGAAACACUGCUCACCAUGAGGCCCAUUCACAGCGCUUAGGUGUGACCAGACGAUCCAUCGCUGGCUAUCCUAGCCCCUUACAUUGUGUUCUCCUCCUUAACCAAAAGGUCAGAUUCAACCAAGGACCAUUAGGACAUAUGCUCCUUUGCACCUCACUAACUUAUCAGAAGAUACUGGAGGAAAUGGCCGCGGCUCAUGGGUGUCUCCCUCCACCAAUGCUGCAGAAUCAGAGGCCACUGGGUAUAGAUCGCCUUGAGCAGAUAUUUCGCGCAGAUGCCGAGUUCCGGCUGAUGGAGUUAUUUCUCUUUCACUUCCGUCAAACAGGAUAUACCUUACAGCAAAUCUUUCUACGUAAUCCGGCAUUUGGUACUGUUGAUCCAGCAAAUUUAGAAGCAAUAUUCUCUACCAAGUUUAAGGGCAAGUCCAUCGCAAAGCUAUCAGACAAAACAUACAAUGCAGAGACAAACAAGAUUAUUAACAAGUAA